AGUGAAUAGGGUUUUUCUGUUUCUGCCUGGCAUUUGGACUUUUCCUCCUGGUGCAGAAAGCGCAGUUUCCCCUGAAACAAGGACAAUGCAGGCCAUCAAAUGUGUUGUUGUCGGCGACGGCGCUGUGGGUAAAACAUGCCUGCUGAUCAGCUACACGACCAACGCCUUUCCCGGCGAGUACAUUCCUACCGUGUUUGACAACUACUCGGCAAACGUGAUGGUAGACGGCAAGCCUAUCAACCUGGGACUGUGGGAUACUGCCGGGCAAGAGGACUAUGACAGGUUGCGCCCACUGUCCUAUCCUCAGACUGAUGUUUUCCUGAUCUGUUUCUCCCUCAUCAGCCCUGCAUCCUUUGAGAAUGUCCGUGCCAAGUGGCACCCUGAGGUCUCGCACCACUGUCCCAACACACCCAUCAUCCUGGUGGGGACCAAGCUGGACCUGCGCGAUGACAAGGAGACCAUCGACAAGCUUCAGGAGAAGAGGCUGGCUCCCAUCACCUACCCACAGGGCCUGCAAAUGAUGAAGGGCAUCGGUGCUGUGAAGUAUCUGGAAUGCUCUGCUCUGACCCAGAAAGGACUAAAGACAGUUUUUGACGAAGCCAUCCGUGCUGUGCUGUGUCCAACCAAGGUUCCCAAGAAAAAGAAAGAGUGCAUCAUCAUCUAAACUACUACACCUGGCUGUAGAGAAGCAUGUGUGGUUGGAAUUUUUCUGUACUGUGAUUUUAAAGCCAUAUUUUCCUCCAGAGGAGAGACACUUGACACAACAGUGUAGAAAAUGGCAAAAAGACAUAGUGCUCUACAUUUUACCUUUAACUGAAAAGUAAUGAAUCGUUGUAUAUGGGUCUUUCUUCCUAAACAUACCAAUUCAGUUUAUAAUUCAUAUACAAAUGCAAUUAGAAGUGUCCCCCUUAUUAGGCCUAGGUCCCAAUUAUCAGCCCGGAGCCGGGUAGAUUUCAGAAAAAAUAUUAUAAGAAAGGCAACAAAACAUAGAGAACCUAAAAGAAAUUAGUCAGGAUCAUAAUUUGUGUAUACUGUUUGGUAAGUACUUAUAUUUUUCGUUUUCGCAUACAUCCCAGCCUGGCGUUUCGGAAAUGGGACCUAAGUCUUACAUAUGUCUGUUUUGGCCAGCAUGUUUUUAUGGACUGCUGUAUCGUUGAAAAGACGGCUAAAGUAGUUGCCUGGAAUUAAGUACAGUGAGUUUAAA